UCUCUACCCAACAGAACACGGUUUUGACUUGCAAAAAAUUUGAUUUUGAUUUAAAUUUAAAUUUACUAUUAAAAGAAAACGAAAUUAGAUCGAGCGAUCCACCAAUUAGGCAUUAGCAGGAAAGAGAAUUGACACAAAAACCUGAUUUUCUCUCUCCUCCCCCCUUCCUAGUUGCUUGAUCUUCCAUGGAGAGAAAACAAAGCUCAAGAAGGCAAAAAUAAGGAGGAGAACCCAUUUCGAUUCGUGGAUUGAGACCUUGAACUGAAUCGUCAAAAUCAAACCUUGUUGUUUGUUUAAUAUCCAAUGCGAAUAAGUGCAAUUAGCAGUAGAUCUAAAGUGAUUGGGAUUGGUGCAGAGGCCCAGAUUCUGAAGGUAAUUGCACAAAAAUCGUAUAUUGUUGGAUCUGAUGGUGGGUGAUGCAUUGGCGGUGAGUUGCGGAGUAGUGAGGAGAAGUGCUUUACGUUUUCGUAUUGGGACUGGUAGUGCUAGGGUUUGCUUUGUGGUGGUGGGGCUGCAUAGAAGAGGAUGCAGCUUCACUUCUCGCCUAGUAUGAGAAGCAUCACGAUAUCGAGCAGCCAUGGGUUUAUUGACUUGAUGAAGAUCAAGGUCGCAGCUCGCCACAUCUCAUAUCGAACGCUCUUCCACACAAUCCUCAUUCUUGCUUUCUUAUUACCAUUUGUAUUCAUCCUCACUGCUGUUGUUACCCUCGAAGGUGUCAACAAGUGCUCCUCAUUCGAUUGCUUAGGCAGGCGGAUUGGACCCAGACUUCCUUGGAGGGUUGAUGAUUCAGGGCAGCGAUUGGUUAGAGACUUCUACAAGAUUCUCAAUCAAGUGAACACUGAGAAAAUCCCGGAUGGUCUGAAGCUUCCAGAUUCGUUUAAUCAACUUGUAUCUGAAAUGAAGAAUAAUCAAUACGAUGCUAGGACAUUUGCUUUCAUGUUAAAGGCAAUGAUGGAGAAACUUGAAAGGGAGACCAGGGAAUCUAAAUUUUCUGAAUUGAUGAACAAACACUUUGCUGCAAGUUCCAUUCCAAAAGGAAUCCAUUGUCUGUCUCUUCGGCUGACUGAUGAGUAUUCCUCUAAUGCUCAUGCACGGAGACAAUUGCCUUCUCCAGAGUUACUCCCUUUGCUCUCAGACAAUUCGUACCACCACUUUGUCUUGUCAACCGAUAACAUUUUGGCUGCCGCAGUUGUUGUUUCAUCUGCCGUUCAGUCAUCUCUAAAUCCAGAAAAGAUAGUCUUCCAUGUAAUUACAGAUAAGAAGACCUAUGCGGGUAUGCAUUCAUGGUUUGCACUAAAUCCUGUCACCCCUGCUAUUGUAGAAGUCAAAGGUGUCCAUCAGUUUGACUGGUUAACCAGAGAGAAUGUGCCUGUGCUUGAGGCUGUCGAGAAUCAUAAUGGAAUAAGAAAUUACUACCAUGGAAAUCAUGUUGCAGGGGCCAAUCUCAGUGAUACAACUCCAAGAACAUUUGCUUCAAAGUUGCAGGCUAGAAGUCCAAAGUACAUAUCCUUGCUCAACCAUCUUCGCAUAUAUUUACCAGAGCUCUUUCCAAACCUUGACAAGGUGGUCUUUCUAGAUGACGAUGUAGUAAUUCAGCGUGAUUUGUCCCCACUUUGGGAGAUCGACCUUGAGGGAAAGGUUAAUGGAGCUGUAGAAACUUGUAAAGGUGAAGAUGAGUGGGUAAUGUCGAAACGUUUCAAGAACUACUUCAAUUUUUCCCAUCCACUCAUAACAAAGCACUUGGACCCUUAUGAAUGUGCGUGGGCCUAUGGGAUGAAUAUCUUUGAUCUCCGAGCAUGGAGGAAAACAGAUAUUAAGGAAACUUACCAUUCCUGGCUGAAAAAGAAUUUAAGGUCAAAUUUGACGAUGUGGAAGCUUGGAACCCUUCCACCUGCUUUGAUAGCAUUUAGAGGUCAUGUUCACCCAAUCAACCCAUCAUGGCACAUGCUCGGGUUAGGGUAUCAGGAUAAAACGAACAUUGAGAAUGUUAAAAAGGCUGCAGUUAUCCACUAUAACGGGCAGUCAAAACCAUGGUUGCAGAUUCGCUUUGAACAUCUCCGGCCAUUUUGGUCAAAGUAUGUGAACUACUCUAAUGAUUUUAUUAGGAACUGCCACAUCUUGCAGUCGUAAUCAAAACUAGAGCUAGAUACAACAGAUGAAUGGGAAAAGAGACAAGUUCGAAAUGGUUUAAUCUAAGUUUGAUAGCAGUGCAAAGUUUUCUUGAUAUAUAUUGAGAAGGAAAUGAGAUUUGCCCAAAGGACAUUAGUUACCGGGUCUGGAUUCAGGGUCAUCUCUUUGCAGUUAACUGAGAGCGCUCGAUCACCAACACGGGCAUGAAAUUCAUUCUUUCAAUCUGUAACAUAGCAAUCGAUCUGUUAUUUUUUGGUUGGAAAAGAGAAUAUUGUUCUUGGUCUUCUUGGGGAAGGUUGUGCCCACUUCCUUAGCGCAUUAUUCAGAAUAAGUUGACAUACACGAGACGAGAUAGAAAUUACUAAGUGAAUUCGAUCCUACGAAACGAUGCAGGGAAGAGAUAGCCCAAGAUUGGUCCUCGGUGAGGCUCCCCAAUUCAUCCAGGAAUGUUUUUACUUCAUUUUUUCUGUUUCAUUUUUGAUACUGUAAUCCCAUUUUCCCCCCAGUUCGAUAUCAUCAUGGUGAUAAUUAGGAUUAGCACAUGGAGAUUGUUUUGUUACAGGUCCCAUUGAUUGAAUUGGGGCAACCCCCCACUGUUGUUAGGUUAUAUAUGAGUAUUUGUUACAUAUGAUAGACUAUAAACAUUUGAAAUGUGCAGAAAAUUCUUUUUGUUCCCUACUUUUGCUCCAUCGUUAUAAAGACUGUCAUAAUUAUUAUAGA